AUGUCCCGCCGCGCCGACCUCCCCUCGUCCCUCCUCAUCCCCUCCUCCUCGACCUCGUCGUCCCGCUCGUCGUCCCCGCCCUCGCCAGGAGGCGCUUCCUGGGCCCAGGACCCCUACGCCCCGCGACAGCCCGGCCUCCCGCUCUACACGGCCCGCAAGAACUCGCACACCGCCUCGUCGCACCACAAGCGCGACGACGACCUCCUCCACCGCGACGCGCACGACGACAACGACGACGACGACGACAUGGUCGAGCUGGUCGACUCGAGUACGGCUCGCCGCCGCGCAGGGCAGAGCACGGCGAGCUACGUCGACGGCGGCGCCGAGCAGGACCCGCUCUUGAACGGCGGCGCCGGUGCCGAGGCGGGCGAGGGCAAGGAGGGCAAGGAGCUGUGGCCGGCGAGCGGCAUCGGCAUGGAGGGCCGCAUCCCCGAGACGCGCAAGGAGUGGCUCGCAAAGGGCGGCUCGGACUCGGCGUCGAGGCGUCACCGGCAGCCCGUCACCUGGCGCGCCGUCGGGCGCGAGGUGCUCUCGGACCUCAAGGCGCAGAUCCCGCUCCUCGUCUACACGGUCCUCGCCCUGUUCACUCGCCUGUACCGCAUCGGCGCCGCCAACUCGGUCGUCUGGGACGAGGCGCACUUUGGCAAGUUCGGCGCCUACUACCUCAACCGCACCUUCUACUUCGAUGUCCACCCUCCACUGGGCAAGAUGCUCGUCGGCCUCGCAGGCGCCAUCUCGGGCUUCAACGGCUCGUUCGACUACCCGUCGGGCGCCGUCUACCCGGACCACGUCCCGUUCCGCGCCAUGCGCAUCAUGCUCGCCCUGCCCGGCGUCGCCAUGGUCCCGCUCGCGUGGGGGACGGCCGUCGAGCUGAGGAUGACCAAGUGGGGGCGGCACAUCGUCACGCUCAUGGUCCUCACCGACCUCGCCUGGAUCGUCAUCUCGCGCUUUGUCCUCCUCGACUCGCUCCUCCUCUUCUUCACCUUCACGACCGUCUACUGCCUCGCGGCGUUCAACAACCAGCAGCGCAGACCUUUCGAGGAGGACUGGUGGGUCUGGUUGACGUUGACGGGCAUCUCGAUCGGCUGCGUCUGCUCCGUCAAGUGGGUCGGCAUGUUUGUCACGGCACUCGUCGGCAUCUACACGGUCGAGGACCUGUGGAACAAGUUCGGCGACCUGCGCAUGAGCUACCGCACCUACGUCCGUCACUGGGUCGCCCGCAUCCUGUGCCUCAUGGUCAUCCCGUUCUGCGUCUACGCCCUCACGUUCAAGCUCCACUUCCUCGUCCUGAACCGGUCGGGCCCCGGCGACUCGCAAAUGUCGUCCCUGUUCCAGGCGCACCUGCACGGCAACGACUUUGCGCGCAACCCGCUCGAGCCGGCGUACGGCUCGCGCCUCACGCUCAAGAACAUGGGCUACGGCGGCGGCCUCCUGCACUCGCACGUCCAGACGUACCCGGUCGGCUCGCAGCAGCAGCAGGUCACGUGCUACCACUACAAGGACGAGAACAACGAGUGGGUCGUGACGCCGACGUGGGAGGCGGCCCCGAUCGACGUCGACAACGGCGAGAUCGUCUACCUGCGCCACAACGACGUCGUGCGGCUCGUGCACCACUCGACCGGCCGCAACUUGCACUCGCACUCGAUCGCGGCGCCCGUCAGCAAGCUCAACCACGAGGUGUCGUGCUACGGCAACGCGACCGUCGGCGACUCGAACGACUACUGGACCGUCGAGGUCGUCGACGACUUUUUGCGCGGCGCGCGCCACAAGUUUGACCGCAUCCACUCGCUGUCGACCCGGCUGCGGUUCCGCCACCAGAACAGCGGGUGCUACCUGCGCGCGGCCAACGCCGUCCUCCCGCAGUGGGGCUUCAAGCAGGUCGAGGUCAGCUGCGACAAGAGCAACAACCCGCGCGACGAGCACACUUACUGGAACAUCGAGAGCCACUGGAACGACCGUCUUCCCGCCGGCAACCAAAAGCUGUACCGCUCGCCCUUUUUCCGCGACUUCUGGCACCUCAAUGUCGCCAUGAUGACGUCCAACAACGCGCUCGUGCCCGACGCCGACAAGGAGGACACGAUCGCGUCCAAGCCGUUCGACUGGCCGUUCCUGUUCAACGGCAUGCGCAUGAACGGGUGGCAGGACUUUGGCAUCAAGUACUACCUCGUCGGCAACCCCAUCACGUGGUGGAUGGGCAGCGCGAGCCUCGUCGUGUGGGCCUUUACGCUCCUGUGGCACCUCAUGCGGUUUCAGCGCAAGAUCAACGACUUUGCUCCAGGCGAGUGGAACCACUUCCUCUACGUGUCCAAGAUCGCGUUCGGCGGCUGGGCCUUCCACUACUUGCCCUUCCUCGUCAUGGGUCGCGUCACCUACCUCCACCACUACCUCCCGACGCUGUGGUUCUCGGUCCUCAUGUCGGGCGUUCUCCUCGACCACUUCAUCUUCCGCUCGCACCGCCUCACGCCGCGCACCAAAAAGGUCGUCUUUGGCCUCGUCGCCGGCGCCGUCGUCGGCACGUGGUGGUUCUUCAGGGCGUGCGCCUGGGGCAUCGAGGGCCCGGCAAAGGACAUGGUCGGCCGCAAGUGGAGGAAGAGCUGGAACCUCUACGACUAG